UGAUGCCAGCACGCUGAAAAAUGGACGCACUGGCAAUAGCUAACAGCUGAUUGACAUAUUUUGCUGUGAAUAAACAAUAAACAACAUGAGCAUAAACUGGAUAAAGAUUACCGAGCGGGCCCGGGAGGGAAUAAAAAUCAUCAAUUCCCUGCCAUACGACAUUUUUAACACGGUGCUCUGGUACACCCAUCGCCAGAUGAGCCCCAGCACAGCGGCUGCAGCCCCGACGAGCACCGUGGGUACUAGCGUCACCACCACGGAGCGGGCCGACAGCAAUGCCGAGGACACCACACCCACUAGCAGCAAUGAGCCGGAGUACACGCUGGAGGAGCUGGAGCGUCUGGUGGGGGUGCCGCGUGCCGACUUUUUGCUGCUAAUCAAAACAUUCUCCUACAUCCUGCGACGCAUCUCCACAUUCAUCAUCAAGCCGAGUCUGCUGCAGCGCGAGCUGCGCGAAAAGCUCCAGCUGGAGGACGAGGCCAAGAUCGAUGCUAUUCUGCGGCUGUGGGUGCGCGAGACAACGCCGAUCAUGGAGAAUCUGGCCAGCCCGCGCUACGAGUCGAAUGUGGUCGAGGACGUGGCCUGGAAGCUGCACGUAGAGGUCUCCUCGCACUGCCAGCAACGCGACAGAACGCCAAUAGGCGUGCUGCAGCUGCGAACAGCAGCUGGGGAGGACAUUAGCUCGGAAAUGACACAUCCGGAGCUAUUGCAACUGUACAAUCAGUUUGAGCAGAUUCAAGCCGAGCUGGAUGCCACGCUGGCGAUGACAGGAGCAGCGCCAGCAGCUAGUGGCAGUGGCAGUGGCGGCCAGUAGGAGAUCGGAUUCCCAUUCAUAAAUAUGCUGUAUACUCUGCAUAAUAUGUAUUAAAAUAGAAGUAGAUACCCAACAAUACCCAAAAAUUUCCGUAUUGGGUGUUUCUCCUCGGCAGCGGAAACGGAAGUCGAAUAUUGAAACACAAUGUUACACAUUUUACAGUACACUUUAAUGGUUGUUGCCGCAUGCGUUUUGUUGUUUGCUUCAUUUUUCGGGUGUUCUUUUUGUUCGCGAUUUUCCUUUGAUCAUAUAUAGUUCUACUGAUAAACAUUACAAAUUAUUACAAUGAUAUAUAUUUUAUAUAUGUCUAUAUUGUAUGCUUUAUGUA